AUGCGCCUUCGCCCGACUCCCCGAGGCUACUCCCUCGCGCCUAUGCCACGGAUCCUGCGGCCACACCCACCCGCGCACCCUCUUUGCAUCGCGCUUCUCCCCCGUCUGCGGCUCGGGGAUCCAUUUGUCUUUCCCUUCCGGCAGGAUGUGUUGGCGCGUGAGGGUGCCCUGGCCGCUGACGUUGAGGUCGCGGGGUUGGGUGGGGAGGGCCUCGGCCUUGGAGAGGAGAACCAGGUAGUAAAGGGCCAGGGUUGCGCCUGCACGGACGCAGACGAGUUCGAUCUCCGUCAUGAUGAAGCCGUAACGGCAGGAGUGCUCGCGCAUGCAGCGUUGGAGGUGCGCAAGGCCGUUGAGGUAUUCGACGCGCUUGUGCGGUGGUUCCUGGCGCAUGCCGCUGUUCCAGCAGUUGAAGCUCUUGAUGAGGCCGACGAGGCGGCCGCGCUGGCUGCCGGAAGCUGUGAGUUCGGUAUCUGUGGCAUAGUUGGCGAUGAAGUGGGGCCCGCUGUUGGUGCGGUUUCCUGUGAGAAAGGCCUCCGUUGUUGGUUUGAGGAUCAGCCCCUUGCCGAUGGAGGUUUGGAUAGCGGCGUUUACACGGGGAGCGUAGAUGUCGCGGACUAG